UCUUCUUCCCUUAUAUCCUCAUAACCUUGCUACAUGGCUAUGAUGGCACUUGUAUUCGGUCUUCUUACAGCUACCCUUCUCCUGUUUGGAUCUUUCGGGGAUGCUGCCCCGUGCGCGGAUUGUUUCUCCCAGUCGAGGGCUGCUUAUUACCCGAAUUCUGAUGACAAAGGAACAGAAACCGGACGAUGUGGCUAUGGUGCGUUUGGGGCGACAAUUAACAAUGGAUACGUAGCUGCAGUAUCAGAUCUAUAUCGAGACGGAUUAGGAUGUGGUGCUUGCUACCAGGUCAGGUGUACUAAUGGCAAGUACUGUUCGGAUAAAGGAGUGAAUGUAGUCAUAACGGACCACGGUUCCAGCCAUGAUACUGACUUCAUUAUGAGCAGGCGUGCUUUUGGCCGAAUGGCUCAGAACAUGGAUGCAGGUGCAUCUCUUUUAGCAUUGGGCGUCGUAGAUAUUGAAUAUAGACGGGUUUCAUGCAGCUAUCCGAACAAAAAUAUUACGAUUGAGAUAGACGAAAGCAGUAGCAACCCACAUUAUCUGGCAUUUGUAAUUUGGUAUCAGCAAGGCAUGGAAGACAUAACUGCAGUGCAACUGUGUGAGACACAAAGUUACACGUGCAAACUAUUGGAUCGGAGUUAUGGAGCAGUAUGGACAGCUACCUCGCCACCAAGUGGACCACUUUCAGUAAGGAUGCUCUUGAGAGAUGAAAAUGGAGACGAGAAAUGGAUAGUUCCGGUCAAUGACAUACCCGAUAACUGGAAAGCAGGAGACAUAUAUGACUCUGGAGCACAAGUUAUUGCCUGAUCAAGCAACUGUCAAUUAAUCUUCAUAUUGCCUAGCUCGUUGAAAUGUUAUUGCUUUUAGGCCUUCAAUGGAUUCUAUUGUUCAAGUAGGAACCAAAAAAUAAGUUGCCAAUUUAUCUAUGUAUUGGAUUUAUUUUAUAUAUGAGUGUUAAAAGUAGAAGGAUAUUAUGCCUUACAAGAUAAAACAUUUAAUGUGCAAAUUGGAUAUGCCUGUCAAGUUCUUCUAAGAUGAACUAAUUAUUACCAA